AGUUUGUUACCCAUGGCAGACUUUAUGCUUGUGUUGGUGAAGAAUGCUUGGAGUAUUUUGAAUGAAGUUCGAAGGUACAGAAAGAGUCGUGAAAGGCUCACGUCAACCACCAAGCGCCUGGGUGCGGUGAUUCGACAGAUGGAACAGGGAAUGAGGGGGAUGGAACGCAGAGAUAUUGAUCGUCUAACUCAAUUAGUGCAGAAUCUUAAAGGCUUGAACGAAGCAAACCAAGAGGUCCUUGAUAAGAACGAAGUCCUUUGGUGGAAUUUCUGCCUUCUAUCAUGUUUUCGGAGCAAACAUGAAGAUACGUAUCAAUCGGCUGUGAUGUACGUCAUGUUCGAGGUGCUGCUACCCGAGAUGGGAGGCCGUUUGAUAGAACUCGAAUCCAGGUUGACUAAUGAUGGAAGCCAAACCAUGGCAGCUCCAGCCCAAGAGACUUAUAGUAACAUCAGACCCAUAUUCACCAAAUUUACGGUGAAAUUGGGGAGUCAAAGUCAUAUUAUGGACAAGUUGAAGAUUAUGCUGCUUACUGACCGUGGAUCGCAGACGCUGAACUUGUAUGGUUUGCCCGGUUCCGGUAAGACCACUUUGGCUGAAAAUCUCUGCCAAGACAAGGAAGUCAGAGAUCACUUCAAAGAUAGCAUCAUCUUUGAGACUCUGGGAUCACAGAUUCAAAGCAAUGAAGCUUCCAUCAGAUUGUCCAAAAUUCCGGAUUCAAAACUAUUGGUACUGGAUGAUGUUUGGCCUGCCUGCGAAAAUAUCAUUGAGGACUUGAAAGGUAAAAGACCGGGUUGUAAAAUUUUGGUGACUUCAAGAUAUCAAAUUACAAAAGUUGGCACCCGGUGCCACAUGGAAUUACUUUCUCUCGAAGAUGCAGAAGCCCUUUUCCUUCACUUUGUUCGACCAACUGAAAUCGAUCUUGAUGACCAGGGAAUACGUCAAAUGCUCCUACAGAUUGUUGAAGGUUGCAAGGGCUUACCAUUCGCCAUUGAAUUUCUUGGUCGCAAUCUCCAAGGGAAAACUACUGAAGAGUUUCAAUGGGUGCAACCAACAUUGUUGCAAGGCUCAAUUCUAGAUUCACAUGAAGAGUUGCUUGCUCAACUCCAACAUUGGUUGCAUCAAUUCGUAGGUGAAACCCCCCGGGAGUGCUUUAUGGACCUUGUGUUAUUUCCUGAAGAUGAAAAAAUCCCCAUUACUUCAUUAAUAGACAUGUGGAUUGAACUGUACAAAAUGGAUGAACGUGGCAUAUAUGCUAUGACUGUCAUCCGCAAAUUAACAACCCUGAGUUUAGUUGCCGGGGUCAAUGUGCGAAGGACUGUUCAAAGCGAUCUAGACAAUUACUACAAUCACCACUUUCUCAAGCAGCAUGAUCUUCUUAGAGAGCUAGCCAUCCGUAUAAACAAUGAGGAACCAUUUGAGAUUAGGAGAAGACUGAUCAUUGACAUGUUUGGAAAUCAGCGUCCUAAGUCAUGGCCCCAUCGCCAUCAACAGCAGCAACAAGGGAUCGAUGACCACUCAUUAAGUUGUUUUACCAAAUGGUUUGGAGACCCGAGCCAGCUCAGAGGAAAGGCUAAGAUACUUUCAAUAUCAACUGAUCAAAACACUGCUUCAGAAUGGUGCGACAUUCAAGCAGAUGAUGCUGUCGUUCUGAUUUUAAAUCUUAAAACUACAAGAUACACGUUGCCUAAAUUCAUCGAGAAAAUGAGAAACCUGAGAGUUCUUAUCAUCACCAAUUAUGGUCUGGGUUUCACUGAAUUGGAAAACCCAGGACUACUUGAUUCCCUACUGCAACUGAGAAGAAUCAGAUUGCAGCGGGUUUCACUUCCUUACCUAUGCAAAAUGAAGAACCUCCACAAGUUAUCUCUUUACAUGUGUGAAGUGCAGAAGGCUUUUGAAAAUAACCCCAUCGAAUUCUCAGAAGCAAUGCCGAAUCUGGUGGAGUUGAACAUUGAUUACUGCAAAGAUUUGGUGAAGUUGCCUGUUGGACUUUGCAAUACAAUCACCCUGAAGAAACUCAGCAUCAGUAGUUGCCACAAGUUUAUCGAAAUUCCCCAAGAAAUUGGGAACCUUGAGAACUUGGAAUUACUAAGAAUCAGUCACUGUGUUGAGUUUAAGGAGAUGCCAGAGUCGAUCACAAAAUUGAAGAGUCUAACCUUUCUUGACAUUUCACAUUGCACCAGACUUGUGCAAUUACCGGACAAUAUCGGCGAGCUAAGGAUCCUAAAAAGCCUGUACAUGACGCGUUGUCCGGUAGAAAAAUUGCCAGAUUCGAUCGUCCAUCUGGAACAUUUAAAGAGUGUGAUAUGCGAUGAAGAUACUUACCCUCAGUGGGAAACGAUCAAAUCGCUCCGUCGAGGACUAUGCGUAAAGAAGGCUGCGGACGUAGAUUUAAAUUGGCUUCUUGAUGAUCCUUCUUCAUCAGGCCUCAACCUUUGAGACUUUGAAUUGCCAAAGUUGUUGUUUCAAUUGAGUGAUGUCCAAAAACAUUGCUUUUACUGCUUUUGGUUUAUUGGCUUCUUGGCUUGCUUGUUUUCUUGGUUGCAGUAGUUUGAACAAAUCACCUGUGCACUAAAUUUGUAUUUGUACGAGAAACUGCUCGUUUAGAGUGUGUGAUAUCUGAAUCCUUUCUUUUAA